GUUUGUUCCUGUUCAUCACUCCGCGUUACGUCAUAUCCCAAAAGUCGUUUCCACGGCUAUAUGGAAAAAGCGGCUUCGCAUUCUGUCGUGUGAUAUGGUCAACCUACGUUCUCUUUUGCUUUGGAAAAGCGUCGAAYGGCACAAUCAUGUGYUUGGCAUUCGAAAGAUGGUACUCUAUCAUCAAACCAAUCAGAUAUAAGACAGCUUUUGGAAAUCGACGUCUCCUUGGUUACAUUGCCCUUAUAUGGAUAACAAGCGCAACCACGGAGAGCCUGGGACUCUUUAUCACSAAACUUGAAAACGGCAAAUGCAUGUGGGCGGCGCCUCCUUACAGCGAGAAUGGUCAGCGGAUAUUCCUUGUUGUGCAUGUACUUAUUACAUUCUACAUCCCGUCUACUGUUACCUGGGUUACAUUUGCGCACCUUUGGUAUCACCUUACGCAUGCGCAGAUACAUGCUCACAACCGUGACAUCAGGUACAAGAAACGCUUAGUGCGCAUGUGCGCCUUGGCAGCAYUUUUUCUAACCAUCUGUUGGUUUCCUUCCGAGACAUUUUGGGUUUUGUAUAAAUUCGACACUCUCAAGUUGCCCGAGAUAUGGUACUGGUUGUUCAAUCUGUUUGCCAUGUUCAAUUCAUGCCUGAAUCCUUGGCUGUACUGCCUCGCAAACAAGCAAUAUCGACAAGAUUUUCAAAAGGCGCUCUUUUGUUGGAUGAGACCCACUAGAAUUCGUCCCGAAACUCUUAAUGAAAGCCCGUCAUCCUCCAGGGCUUCAACGAAAAAGGACGAAACAGAACAGGAAAUGACCGAUAAACGAUGAAAAAAUUGCACAAUGACGUCAUUAUUGUACUAAAACUACCAACAACAGCAAUGAAAGAUAUCACUUAGACUAGUGUUGGCAAGGAAACGUUUCUUGUGGUAUAAGCACUAGUUGUGUUUAGCUGUCUCUUAUUUGUGCAAGCUAUAGAAUUAAUAAGGAUAUUAGGUUAAGAAGAUAUAUUCUUUGUUAGCACUCAUAAUUUAAURUUUUUCAUUAGAAUAUAUCCUGAAUAAUAGCGAUAUAAAUAAAAAGACACGUUCAUGGAAAACUUAAAACACCAAAAUGAACAAUGUCCAAGUCACUAUGAACAUUAAARUAAUGUUAAAAACUUUGUAAGUAUUUUUGUGUAUUUUCUCCAAAUAUUGGAUGCAAACUAGUACAGUUCUCAGGCAACUCUGCCAGCUGUCACGCAAUAACUUAAAUACAGUCGAGAGCAGCCUAAAACGAUAGUGAACAUUGGUUUAAAUAUUCCAAGAUUUUUGCCAUGUGGAGUCACAUGACCCGUGCAAUAGCUAUUUCAUAAACUAUACCUAAUCGUGUACGAUUUGAAUAUUACUGACACUUUGACUGUAGUUUUUUCGCGGGUUUAAUGUAUUCACUCUAUAGAUAAUGCUUAUUACUCAAUAAAUAUCCAUGCACUUG